GGUUUCAAUCCACCAUUCAACAACAGGACUUGAUGGGAACAUUCAACCCCUGAGCCAUGCUUCGUCAAUAACGCUUUAGCCCUUCAGUCAUCUCGCCAGCUUCAAGUGGUCUGCCCAUCCCCCGAAGAUCCAACUUGCACUUCCCCGCUCUAACAACCGACUCGACCAUGCUGAAUCCCGGCGACAACAAGUAGACUCCGAGGAAGAUGUUCAACGCCCCCGCGUUCGUCGGAACUUCGCCGGUGCCGCGAAAGGAAUGCCGACUCUUAUCAACUCUGCCAAUGCCCUUCUUAUCCCAGUGGGCACGGGAUUCACAGCCUCAUACAUCCAGUAUACGUUGAGAGCUUGUCGUGAACGUUAAGCUUGAGAGAUUGGAGAUGGUGAUAUUCAAAUCCAAGCAGCCUCCAAUUGACCUCUCCACGGAGCUCACGGAUUGGGACUGGCUCUUCGACUCGUCAUAUUCUCCUAUCAACCGCUUCCCUGCCAACGAGCUCGCCGGCUUCCAAAACGCCAUCACCAAGGAGCGCGUGAGCUGGGCUCAGGUCAAGGAAUACUCGACCUACAUCUCUACCGCGCUUGUGAAGAAAUAUGGCCUCAAAGAGGGUCAGACUAUCUCUCUUCUCAGCCAGAACACCGUCUGGUACCCCGUAGCCAUGUUCUCUGGUCUGCGUGUCGGUGCAAAGAUCUCCGGCGCAAGCCCUGCCUACAACAUCGAGGAGAUGUCCUUUGCGCUCAAGACCGCAGACGCCAAGUUCCUCAUGACUACCCCGGGCAGCAUCGAAGUUGCAGCCGCGUCCGCUCAAGCUGUCGGACUCCCCCAGGACCGCAUUUUCCUGCUCGAGGACGAACUGCCCGGCUACAGCACGGUCCAAGAUUUGAUCGAGAUUGGCAAGUCGUAUGGCGAGAAGGGUCAGGUUCCUGCCUUCAAGCUGCCGCCCGGUAAAAAGAAUAAGGAUGUCUGCGGCUUCUUGUCCUUCUCGUCUGGGACGACGGGGCUGCCCAAGGCGGUCAUGAUCAGCCAUCAGAAUGUGAUUGCUCAGUGUCUCCAGAUCCAGCAGAUCACGCCCGAGACGCAGAAGAAGGUUCUUGCAUGCCUUCCCCUCUUCCACAUCACCGGCCUCGUCCACCAGAUGCACCUUCCCAUCCUCCUCAACGCCGAAGUCAUCAUGCUCCCGCACUUCACCCUCGAAUCCAUGCUCUCCGCCGUCGUCGAAUACAAACUCAGCGAACUCCUCCUCGUCCCGCCCAUCCUCAUCCGCCUCGUCCGCGACCCCAUGGUCGACUCGUACGACCUCUCGCACGUCACCCGCUUCUCCUCGGGCGCCGCCCCGCUCAGCGAGGAAAUCAUCCACCUCCUGCAGAAGAAGUUCCCCGGAAGGGGCUUCAAGCAGGGCUACGGCAUGACGGAGAGCUGCAGCUGCAUUACGGCGCACCCACCUGAAAAAUACGACUUCAAGUACGCGCAUUCGGGCGGCGCCAUCGUCGCUUCCACCGAGGUCAAAAUCAUCAGGGAGGACGGGUCCGAGGCUGGGUAUAACGAGCCUGGCGAGGUGCUGGCGCGCGGGCCGCAAGUCGUCAUGGGGUACCUGAACAAUCCCGAGGCGACGGCGAGGACGUUUGACGAAGACGGGUGGUUGCAUACGGGGGAUCAGGGCAGGAUCGAUGAGGAGGGCAUGAUUUACAUCACGGAUCGGAUCAAGGAGCUUAUCAAGGUCAAAGGGAUCGGUGUUGCGCCGGCCGAGCUGGAGGAUCUGCUGCUCGGCCACGAGAAGGUGGAGGAUGUGGCGGUUAUGGGCGUGCCGGAUGAGUACUCGGGUGAGCGCCCCAAGGCUCACGUUGUGCUAAAGCCCGGGGUGCGGGCCGAUUCGGCGGUGGGGAGGGAGCUGAUUGCGUUUGUCAAGGAGAGGAAGGUGAGGUAUAAGUGGGUCAAGGAGAUUGAGUUUGUCGAGGAGAUUCCGAAGAGUCCGAGUGGCAAGAUUUUGAGGCGGGUGUUGAAGGAGAGGGCGGGGAGGGGUUUGGUGGUUGGGGAUGAGGCGAAGGCGAGGCUGUAGUGGGUUCAAAGAAGGUGGGCGUGGAUACCGAUGGGAUAGAUUGAAGAGGAUAAAGAAUAAAGUGAGAACGCAUUCAAGUUGCAUCUAUCAAAAGCAAAGGAAGAAGCACCACCAUUGAUCGGUAUUCCCACCAACCCACAUCGAAUCGUACCCAAACUCCAUACCCAAACCCAUUCCUUACCCCCAAUCCCCAACACAUCCAUCCCAUCAUCGACCUCGAUCCCCUUUC